ACAAAUUGUCCAUAUGAAAUUUGAAACCAUGAUGAGUAGAUAUAAGAAAUGUAUUGUUAUGUAUCUUUGGGCGGCAAUUUGCGUGAAGUUAAUCCCCGGUGAGGUAAUACCAGAUAGUCUCGACUUUCAAUCACUUUUGAGGAUUUUUAAAAGUCUUUCUGGCAAAUCCGUACAGGCCAGCGAACCAAACAUCACUUCAAAGGAAUUUUGCUUGAAAAGCUUUGAAAAGGCGAGCCGCUACAAGAAGAUUAUUAUGCUACAGGAACAGGUGGUUCAAAAGUUGCAAUUCCAACACCUAAAACAAAUUGAAGAUUGCAGCAACCUCAGACAUAAAGUUCGCGGGCUUAUUGGGAAUUACAAAAAAGUUAAGUCCGACCUAAAAGCCUUUAAGUUGUAUAGUGGAUAAAUUAUGCCCCUAAAUUUUAUAAAAAGGCCGUAAUAAUCCCAUUAAACAAAAAAAUACAACGAA